AUGACAAAUAUUAAAAAAGCACUUCAAAAUUUGAGUAGAACAUCUGUAGCAUGCAUAGUGCCAAAUCAUAAUCAAAACAAUAUAGAACCAAAUUCAGAAUCAUCAAACCAGGAACCAGAAACUAGCAAAAAACCUAAAACUAUACCUGGUGUGUGGAAAAACUUUCAAUCUAUACAGAUUUCACUAUUUUGUAAAAAAUCAUCUCCAACAUUUUCCACAUUGUCUAUACCAAAGUCUGCAUGGACAAUGCCAACUUCAGAAUUACUGAUGAACAAAGAAUUAUUAUCAGAUACUAUACCAAUAACUAAAUAUAUUAUUGUAUUACAAUACUUGCAAGGUGUUUUCUUAGCAGGUAACUUAGAAGCUGCAGAUCAUUACUCUUCUAAAGAUAUGCAUGCCGAUCUUGAAGAUUUGGCAAGAAAUAGUGAACUUUUGUUUAAGGAAAUUCUAAUAGCAAAGACUAUUAAAAGAUGGAUCGAAAGGUAUAAUGCAAGCUUCAAAAAAGAAGCAUUAAAAUGA